AAAAGUCUUUUUUUUCCUUCUCUUCCCGUUUUCACAUUAGCCACCCCUAAAAAAGAAACCCUAAUUCAAGUUUCGCUCUUCCGUUAAUUUAAUCGGAUAUCAAAUGGUGGAGCAACAUCUUCUCAUCAAAACCCACUUGUCUGUAGGAGCUCACCAAUACUCUUAGCUUCUAGGCUUUUGCACAGCCAUCAUUUAACCAAAAGUAGCAGUGAGGAAUAAUUUUGAUCAAAUGGCUGAAAGCUGGGAUGGAAGUUUCGACUCUGGUAGCCAGUCAGAUGAGAGUUACAAUUUUGGGAGGAUGCACAUAGAGCCUAUUUAUGAUGCAUUUGUUUGCCCUUUAACAAAGCAAGUUAUGUGUGAUCCUGUUACCAUAGAAAAUGGGCAAACUUUUGACCGUGAAGCAAUUGAAAAGUGGUUUAAGGAAUGCAGGGAUAGUGGAAGGAAGCUUGUCUGCCCUUUGACCCUAAGAGAAUUAAGAAGCACCGAACUUAAUCCCAGUAUAGCUUUAAGAAACACAAUUGAAGAAUGGAGUGCUAGGAAUGAUGCUGCUCAACUUGACAUGGCCCGAAGAUCAUUAACUCUUGGCAGCUCAGAGAGUGAUAUUAUGCGGGCUCUGAAAUAUGUGCAGUACUUCUGUCAAAGUAGCCGAUCAAAUAAGAAUGUUGUGCACAAUUCUGAGCUAAUACCUAUGAUAAUUGACAUGUUGAAGAGCAGCAGCCGUAAAGUUCGGUGUAAAGCUCUAGAAACACUUCGAAUUGUAGUUGAAGAAGAUUCUGAUAAUAAGGAAAUAUUUGCCCAGGGGGAUACUGUGCGAACAAUAGUUAAGUUCUUGUCUCAUGAGCUUUCCAAGGAGAGGGAAGAAGCUGUCUCUUUACUAUAUGAGCUUUCCAAAUCUGAAGUGUUGUGUGAGAAAAUCGGUUCUGUCAAUGGAGCAAUUCUUAUAUUGGUUGGAAUGACAUCCAGUAAAUCAGAAAAUAUCUUGACUGUGGAGAAGGCUGAUAAAACACUGGAAAAUCUGGAGAGGUAUGAAAACAAUGUGCGACAGAUGGCUGAAAAUGGGAGACUGCAGCCUCUUCUAACGCAAAUCCUGGAAGGCCCACCAGAAACGAAACUGUCCUUGGCUGCAUUUUUAGGCGAGCUGGCUUUAAAUAAUGAUGUUAAAGUCCUAGUGGCAAGAACUGUGGGUUCAUCUCUGAUCAGUAUCAUGAAAAGUGGUAAUAUGCAGGCAAGAGAAGCUGCUUUGAAAGCUCUCAAUCAAAUUUCAUCUUAUGAGGCAAGUGCCGAGGUGUUGAUACAGGAUGGUAUCCUUCCCCCUCUUGUUAAGGAUCUCUUCACAGUUGGGUCCAAUCAGCUCCCAAUGCGACUGAAAGAAGUCUCUGCAACAAUUCUUGCCAGUGUUGUUAGCUCAGGCUGUGACUUUGACUCCAUCAUAGUUGGACCUGACCACCAGACUCUAGUUUCAGAAGACAUAGUCCAUAAGCUACUUCAUCUAAUUAGCAACACAGGUCCAGCAAUUGAGUGCAAACUUCUGCAGGUCCUUGUUGGACUCACUAAUUGUCCCACAACUGUCGUGAAUGUGGUUUCUGCCAUCAAAAGUUCUGGUGCUAUUAUCAGUUUGGUUCAGUUUGUUGAGGCUUCUCAGAAGGAUUUGCGUCUGGCUUCCAUUAAACUUCUCCAGAACCUCUCCCCACAUAUGGGUCAGGAAUUAGCUGAUGCAUUACGUGGCACAGUUGGCCAGCUUGGCAGCCUAAUAAAAAUCAUAUCAGAAAAUAUAGGAAUUACUGAGGAGCAGGCAGUAGCCGUUGGCCUUCUAGCUGAACUUCCAGAGAGAGAUGUGGGCUUGACACGGCAAAUGCUAGAUGAAGGUGCCUUUCAGUUAAUUAUCUCUAGAGUGUCUAGGAUCCAAAGGGGAGAGACUAGUGGAGCCCGUUUUGUGACACCAUUCCUGGAAGGGCUUGUAUCAGUUCUUGUGAGGGUAACAUUUAUCUUGGCCGAUGAACCUGAUGCCAUUGCUUUAUGCCGUGAGCAUGAUCUUGCAGCACUGUUCAUUGAACUACUUCAGCGCAAUGGACUUGAUAAAGUACAGAUGGUUUCUGCUACAGCAUUGGAAAACUUAUCUCUAGAAUCCAAAAAUUUGACGAAACUGCCUGAGUUGCCACCACCUGGCUUUUGUGCCUCAAUCUUCACAUGUUUCAGUAAGCAGCCUGUCAUAACUGGAUUGUGUCAGGUCCACAGGGGAACAUGUUCACUAAAAGACACCUUUUGUCUUUUGCAAGGACAGGCUGUGGAGAAAUUGGUAGCACUUCUAGAUCACACAAAUGAGAAGGUGGUUGAGGCAGCACUGGCGGCAUUAUCUACUUUGUUGGAGGAUGGUGUUGAUAUUGAACAAGGGGUGAUGGUUUUGUGUGACGCACAGGGUAUCAAGCCUAUUCUUGACGUGUUACUCGAAAAAAGAACUGAGAUCCUGAGGAGGAGGGGGGUUUGGGUAGUUGAGAGAAUCUUGCGGACUGAUGAAAUUGCGUAUGAAGUUUCUGGAGACCCAAAUGUGAGCACUGCACUUGUUGAUGCCUUCCAGCAUGCUGACUAUAGAACACGGCAGAUUGCUGAACGUGCCCUAAAGCAUAUUGAUAAAAUACCAAACUUCUCAGGAAUCUUCCCAAAUAUGGGUUGAGCCUCUUCCAGAUGCUUUAUUCAAAAUUUUACAAAAUGCAGGCGCCUGUAUCUAAUACUUGCUUUGACCAAGCAGUUUUGACGUGGAUGGAUAUUGUCUGCAAAUUGUCAAACUGCAGGUAGAUAUUAUUGUAUAAAGACACGUUCCAUUUGUAGAGAAUUUUAAAUGCCAUUCAUUUGUUCUCAGUAAA